CGCGCCCGAAGAUAAGGCGGUAGGUGGUGGUGGUGGUGGUGACACCGCUUCGGUGGCGACGAUAUGCUGAUGCGCGCCUACUUCCUCUCCGCCCCUCCCAAGUUCUCUCAGAAGCCCACUCCUCUUUCGUCAUCUCGCUUCCCCAGGAGCGCAAGCGCGAGGAAAAGAGCCGUAACACUCGCCACUUCUGCGGCCAUGUCCGACGGUCCCGCCCCCGUCGUCCUCGUAACUGGAGCCGGUGGCAGAACAGGUCAAAUUGUUUACAAGAAAUUGAAAGAAAGAUCAGACCAGUUUGUCGCUAGAGGCUUAGUUAGGACAGCAGAAAGCAAAGAAAAAAUUGGAGGUGCUGAUGAUGUAUUUGUGGGUGACAUAAGGAAUGCUGAAAGUAUCAUUCCUGCUGUUCAAGGUAUUGAUGCACUCAUCAUUCUUACCAGUGCUGUGCCAAAGAUGAAGCCAGGAUUUGACCCAAGUAAAGGUGAACGACCUGAGUUUUAUUUUGAAGAUGGAUCAUAUCCUGAGCAGGUCGAUUGGAUUGGUCAGAAGAAUCAAAUUGAUGCUGCUAGAGCUGUUGGUGUCAAGCAGAUUGUUUUGGUUGGUUCUAUGGGUGGAACAGAUAUCAAUCACCCGUUGAACAACAUUGGGAAUGGGAAGAUACUGAUCUGGAAAAGGAAAGCUGAACAGUAUUUAGCAGACUCUGGAAUACCAUACACAAUCAUAAGGGCAGGAGGCUUACAGGAUAAAGAUGGGGGCGUGCGAGAACUACUUGUAGGCAAGGAUGACGAGCUUCUCAAGACGGAAACUAGAACAAUUGCUAGGCCUGAUGUUGCAGAGGUUUGCAUCCAGGCUCUGCAGUUCGAGGAGGCCAAAUUCAAGGCAUUUGAUCUGGCAUCGAAACCAGAAGGCACGGGUACGCCGACAACUGAUUUCAAGGCACUGUUCUCCCAAGUCACCACUCGUUUCUGAUGUCCAUCAUCUGCAUAUUUGUUUUUUGGAUUUCGCGGAAGAUCGAAGGAACAGUUUUGUGUUGGCUUGAGUUCGUUUAGGACGUAUGAGGCGACAGCUCCACUGUUGUAUCUAUCAUAUAAAACUUCAGUGCAUCUAUGUGUUCGCGUCA